UUGGUGUCAGAUGAAGACAUCAGUAAAACUCAUGAAUGUCACAGGAACCCGAUCGGUGACGAAAGAUAUGCUGGCAAAAAAUGUCUAAAAAAUAUGAGGAAAGUUGAUAUUUCAUCCGGAGUUAAUCAAGAUAGCGGUCAUGAAAAUGAUUCUGAAGGAACUAAUCUUAGAUUAGUAUACUGCAGCAAGCUGAGAAGUAAACAAUGCAGAAGUAGCAAAAUAUCACACGAAUCAAAAAGAGAACGAUUUGUUGUUUGCAAGAGAAAUGUUUUCCCGAAAUUUUCAAGAAGAAAAGAGGAUAAGCCACAUAAAUCACAUCAAUCAUAUGUGUACCACAGUUCCCUUCUUUGCAAACAUGUAGAAAGGAUAGAAGAAAUUGUCAGUAAGAUUGAAGGCGACUUUAAAAGAGUUCCUCCAACGGCUUUGCACAAGGAAAGUAAAGGAGUAUUUCGAAGAGAUCGGAAAAAGAAAUGCAAGGUAUUUUGCUCUUCAAAAUUUGGUUUAAUUGCCAGAGGAAAGAAAAACAAAAAGACCCAAGAGAAACAUUCACAGUUAAAUUUGGAGAAAUGCCGUAUAGAAAAAUAUUUUCCAGGAAGGUAUUUACCUUUAUUUUAUUCUAGAAAGGGUAACAGAACAGUCGAUGAGAUUUACAGAAAGUAUCUCAGGACCAAUCCAAUAACAAAAAGAUAUUCCAACGUUAUAGGUGUAAUCAAAGAAAAUAUCAGGAAGUUUGAGCAUCAGUAUUGUUCAAAGCAUUAUCAGAAUAAAAUACAAUCAGGUUGUAUCAGAAAAAACAUAUAUUCGAAUUUUAAGGAUCAUCUAAAGUUCAUUCUGUUCGGAUUACCUCAAAUAAGGAAUGGAUUUAUUCAUCUUUUCCCGGUAUAUGGUAUUUCUAGAAAUCUUGACGAAUUUGUAGAAAGAGAAAUAAAUCAAAAUCAGGGAAGUAAUGACCAACAAACCUUUUGUCAUUCAUUGAAUUUAGAACUUGUAAGAUUAGGUUCAUUUCACAAUUUUCCGUCUUCCAGCUCAGUAUCAACGGUGAAGCUUGCUCGUCAGGGGUUUUAUUAUUCCAAGGAAGAAAACACUGUUAUAUGUUUCGCUUGUGGAUUUAAAAAAGAUGACUGGAAAAAAGACGAUAAUGUUGAAACUAUUCAUAGAGCUGCCUCGCCAAACUGUCCGCUUCUUAAUUCAAAUUCUACAAGUAAUAUUCAGAUUGGAGGGAAUGAAGCAAAUGGAAUUGAUGAAAGUUGUGUGAGUCAAAAUGAAGGUCAAAUAAGAAUAACUGGAUCGUUUGUUAAUGGAUCAGGAAAUGGAUCAAAAGCUUCAGUCAAAAAUGAAGGUAUAUCCAGAAACAUUAGAGAUUGUGUACAAAAUCACUCUUCCAAUAGACCACCAAGUGAUCAGCUCACAAAAGCUAGAGCUCAGCAAGAAAAGAUUAAUGCAUUCAUUCGAGACUUGGAUCCACUAGGUAUUAACUUUGACCGUCCAAAAUAUCCUUCUUAUUCAGUAUUAGCAGUGAGAAUAAGUUCCUUUACAGACUGGCCUUCAAGUAUCACACAGAAUCCCAGAGACUUAGCCAUUGCAGGAUUUCUUUACGCAGGCUAUGGAGAUUACACCCGAUGUUUCUUCUGCGGAGGAGGAUUAAGAAACUGGGAACCUGUUGACGAUCCUUGGACAGAACAUGCCAGAUGGUUUCCGAAGUGUGCUUUUCUGAGACAGAACAAAGGAGACGAGUUUGUUGCUUUGGUGCAAAUUGAACACCUAGAAGAGGAGGCAUUAGGAGGUGUGAAUGGUUAUCACGACGACCAAGCGAAUGGUAUCAUAAACAAUUACAGACAAACCAAUAAUUCUGUACAAAGCCUCACAAUCCAUCCAGGUUUUCAAAGUCUGCUUGAAAUGGGCUACUCAUCUCCAACCAUUCAAAAAGCGUUUGAUCUCUUGAAAGAAACGAAAGAAUCGAUUAAUAUAAAGGCUGAAGAAUUACUAGAAAUAGUCUUAGCUGAAGAGGAGUCAACUGGAGAAGACACGUUAUCGCCGUCUGCAUCAGGAAGCUUGCAAGAAAAAUUAACAAACGAAGGGAAAUCAAAAAAACUUAAAGCAGACACUUGCAAAGCUACAAAUUCUGAAGAAAUGAAGGAAGGAAGUGAUUUUCAAACGCAUAAUCAAAGAGAUAGGAACAUUGUUAGCCAGUCGUUGGAGUUCAUGUCAGUUGAAGAGACAAGGUCACUCAUUGAAGAAAACAGAAAACUAAAGGAUCUACGGCUUUGUAAAAUAUGUCUUGAGAACGAGGCUUCUAUCGCAAUGUUACCUUGUGGUCAUCUCUGCUGUUGUUCAGACUGUGCUCCGGCCAUGAGGAAGUGUCCGAUAUGUCGACAGUUUGUAAAAGGGACAGUUAAAACAUGGCUGGUUUAAUAAUUUUUUGGGGAUAUUUUUUAUUUAAAGCAUGAUAUUAUUAACAACAAUUAUGUAUGUUGAAAUAUGAUAGAUAACAUUUAAUUUUAUU